ACUACCGCGAGAAUUAAACAGGUUUGUUACAGCAAACAUGUUUAAUCCUGAAGUAAGUGACCCUUAUGCACUUCUAAAGGCUGCACUCUUGAAGAAAAGCGAUCUCACAGAUCGCCAACGUCUAGACGAAUUGCUUCGUAACAUCGAGCUAGGCAGCCACUCAGCUACUGAAGUCCUCGCACGCAUGCGAGAAGUAAUCGGUGCACGAACAUUUGACGAUGGUUUCUUCCGAGAACUAUUUCUCUCGAAACUACCACAACCGGUGCAAACCGUGUUGGUGACACUCCAGUCAGUCCCACUCGACGACCUGGCAGCUUCAGCAGAUAAAAUACUGGAGAUAUCCAGCAGACCCGUCUCCAACGUAUAUUCUAUCUGUGACAAAACAGAGCGCCAGGAUUCGGAGGUGACCAAGUUGUGCAACUCUGUGAAACGGUUGCUACGAUCUCGAAGUCCUAGAUCACGUAGCACUUCACAGAAACGCACCUUGGCGCAUCGCAGCAAGUCGCGUGGUAGCCCUAAAACGAAACCCAACAGGGUGGAAAACCCUGAAUGGUGCUGGUUUCAUAACACUUACGGGGAUGAAGCCAGAAAAUGUCGUAAACCAUGCCGUUUUAAGAAGGACCGAACUCGGGAAACGGUCACGCCGGCACGUGCUCACGGCAACCGUAGCCGGCGGAAAAAGCCGUUUGCUCUACGUCACCGACAUUAAAACGAAAGUCCGCUACCUCGUCGACACCGGCGCAGAAGUUAGCGUUCUUCCAGCAACGACAAAGGAGCGUCAUCUCGACCCAUCCUUCAAUCUUCAAGCAGCCAACGGCAAGGCAAUCGCGACAUUCGGGAGACGGUAUGCCUACCUCAACUUAGGUUUACGCAAACCUAUUCACUGGAUUUUCCUCCUGGCAGACGUCUCUAUGCCCAUCAUUGGCAUAGAUUUGCUGAACCAUUACGAUCUACUCGUAGAUGCUCGCCGUCGACGACUGAUAGAUAACAACACAAAGUUAUCUAUUGGCGGCACCACCUAUGUAGGUCCGAGUUUAGCCAUCGUUAGGACUAAACAAUCAGACGACGCGUCCUACCAGGCAGUUCUGGAGAAAUAUCCAGAGUUACAACAACCGAAACACACUCUUCCGUGCAUAACCAGCAAUGUUAUGCAUCACGUCACAACCACAGGUCCACCUGUGGCAUCCAAAGCUCGCCGUUUAGCCCCCGAUAAGCUGCAAACGGCGAAAAAUGAAUUCGACCAUAUGCUGGAACUGGGCAUUAUCAGACCGUCAAACAGUCCUUGGGCAUCGCCAUUGCACAUGGUGCCCAAAAAGGAUAGCAACGACUGGCGUCCGACCGGUGAUUACCGAAGGCUUAACGCCAAAACAACUCCGGACUGCUACCCUAUACCCCACGUUUACGACUUGACCGCAACCUUAUGCGGCAUGAACAUUUUCUCGAAAAUCGACUUAGUCAAAGCGUACAACCAGAUACCUAUGGCAGCAGAAGAUAUCGCGAAAACAGCCAUUAUUACUCCUUUUGGCCUGUUUGAAUUCCUGCGCAUGCCUUUUGGUCUUCGGAAUGCAGCACAAACAUUCCAACGCUUUAUGGACGACGUCUUCCGUGGUCUGAAUUUUGUUCAUGUCUACAUAGAUGACUGUCUAAUUGCGAGUCCAGAUAAGGAAACACACCUUAAACAUUUGGACCUCGCAUUCGAAAGACUCAAAAAACAUGGCAUCACAGUUAACUUACAGAAGUGUGAAAUAGGAGUUGAAUCACUCAGCUUCCUUGGGCAUACCAUUGACAACAAAGGUAUACGCCCAUUGAGAGAUAAAGUGGCGGCUAUCACAAACUAUCCAGAGCCGACCACUGUGAAACAUCUCCGCACUUUCAAUGGCCUGGUAAGUUAUUACCGAAGGUUUAUCCCUAACUGUGCCUCUGUCAUGAGACCACUCACAGAUCUACUUCGAGGAACUGCGAAGUUCGUGUCUCUGGACAACGCGGCUAGACUUGCUUUCUCCAAAGUCAAGGAAGCCAUUUCGAACGCAACCAUGCUUAUGCAUCAUGACCCCAAUGCUCCUCUGAGUAUUGCUGUUGAUGCAUCUGAUUCAGCAAUUGGAGCAGUUUUGCAACAGUUGACUGACAACCAGUGGCAACCGUUAGCCUUUUUCUCGAGGCGGCUGCAAGACGCGGAAACAAGAUACAGUACAUUUGGUAGGGAACUCCUAGCCAUGUACUGUUCUGUACGCCAUUUUCGACAUUCUGUGGAAGGUCGUGAUUUCAUUAUUUUCACAGACCACAAACCGUUAACGUUUUCCCUCAGCUCGGCGUCUGACAAAUACUCCCCUCGUGAGUCGCGACAGCUGGAUUACAUUUCCCAGUUCACGUCAGACAUCCGCCACAUUUCUGGAGCAAACAACUCCGCAGCCGACGCACUAUCUCGAAUAGCUUCGAUAAACUAUAUCGAGGGUAUUGAUCUCGUUGAACUAGCUCGGCGUCAAAAGGAAGACCUUGAGCUGCAUCAUGAGUUGUCGUCCACAACUCUCAAACUGCGACUUUGUCCUGUUGGAUCAGACAAGGAUGCAAUUUUGUGCGAUGUCUCUGCUAGUCAACCACGCCCAAUAGUUCCGAAGAGUUGUCGACGCAACGUCUUCAAUACGUUGCACAAACUCUCUCAUCCAGGUGUACGAGCCACCAUUAGGCUUAUCGCACAACGUUUCUGCUGGCCUGGGAUGAACAAAGACGUUAAGGAGUGGGCCCAGUCGUGCUUAGCUUGUCAAAAGUGUAAAGUCACGCGACACACGAAAAGCCCUUUAGGCUCAUUUCUAGCCCCAGACAUGCGUUUCGACCACGUCCAUAUAGAUAUUGUAGGACCCCUACCAGAAUCUAAUGGAUGUACCUACCUUUUCACCUGUGUUGAUCGUUUCACACGAUGGCCGGAAGCAGUACCCAUUAAAGAUAUUACUGCCGAAACAGUUGCUCGUGUUUUCGUCGAAAGAUGGAUCGCGAACUUCGGAUGUCCAUCCUACGUCACAACCGACCGUGGGCGCCAAUUUGAGUGCGGACUAUUUCACGCUCUAACGGCACUUUUAGGUUGCACUCGGUUCCGAACGACAGCCUACCAUCCACAAGCAAAUGGCAUGGUAGAGCGUUUCCAUCGACAGCUGAAAGCUUCCCUUUCAGCUACAAACAUACCUCAGUGGACCGAGGCUCUGCCUCUAGUCCUACUAGGUAUUCGUAACGCGUUGAAAGUUGAUGCUGGAUGCACUCCUGCAGAACUCGUCUAUGGGACCACUCUUCGCCUACCAGGUGAGUUUGUUUCCCCUUCAACUUUCAAACAUGUUUCCGACAGGGCAUCUUACGUGACUAGGCUUACAAACGCAAUGCGUUCAGUUAGGCCUUCUCCGAUUAGACCGCAAACGACUGAUGUUUUCGUCCACCCCAGUUUACAGAAGACAUCACACGUGUUUGUUCGCCACGACGCUGUUCGUCGACCACUUGAACCACCCUACGACGGGCCGUUCAAAGUGAUUAAGCGACAUGAGAAAUUCUAUGUAAUUGAGCGAGGCGGACGCGAAGAUACUGUCAGUAUCGACCGUUUGAAACCAGCUUAUUUCGAAGGCAACCCCAUUGUAAGUGACGUUUCAGCUCGCUACAUCCGACCGACGGAUGACUCAAUUAUCGAAAUUCUCGACGAUGUGCCUGGUAAUGCACAGCUGCAACAACCAGCGGCGCAACAAAAAACACGAUCAGGUCGAACCGUCAGGUUCCCAGAGUACCUGAAGUCAUAUUCAACUUAGCUAUGUGUGUGCCAACCAUUUUUUUCGAGGCACUAUUUUUCUUAUUUACCGGCACAAACCCUCGUACACUUUGCCUUUUUAUAUCAAUUUUUAUUUACCAUGUAAUAAAAACUAAAAAAACGGCGAAGAUAAGCGUAAAUUUUUCUUUUUCGACACGUUUAUAUAUAAAUAAUUCCCAUUUUUACGCAACGUUUUCGUGGUAUUAAAGACUUUUAUUUAUAUUCCAGGUGCAACGAGCACUGGACGGAACGUCGAAAGGAACAGAUGACCGCGACCGACGUACAAUUUCAUUUAUUGUAUUUUAUUUAUUUAAUCGCCACGACACCCUAGAAUAAGGUUCAGACAACCAGGGGCCACCUCACGCAGUGAGCCCAUCGGAGAGUUUUACCAGUGGAGAAACCACUGGGUUUUUACUUCCGGCUGGUAUCGUCUUAGGGUCCUCACGAACCCACUAGGGGGGGAGUGAUCUGUAGCGUCAUACACUUCCCCAAAAUCAAUAGCCUAGGGUUUGACGACUUCGACAUUGAUGCUGACCUUGAUAGUUUAACUGGACUCGCUAAGCUGAAGGCAUCCGGUCAAGCAUCCUCGCCAUUUGGCACGCUGUCGUGUUACGUUGCAUUGCUCGUAUUCGACUCUCUAGCCAGUUAGUUGGAACGCAUCGGUAUUUUGGCAUAACCAUCCAAAUAUACUAUUCCAUCCGACUACGCUAUCGUGUUCUUCCUUGGUCUCGUAUUCGUGGGUAUAUAACAAGUUCGAAUAAUUAGUGAUUGGUCUUUGCGUCUGUCAAGUUCGCACCAGGACAAAUCCUAAAACCCAAUACCUUGUUCAUCCUCUCUAGAUGGGCUAUCUUCAGGUCGAUGUUAUCAGCUUUAUCACGAGAUCAAGCGAAGCAUCAGAAAACGUGCCUGACAGUUUGUCCACAUCACAGUGGUCUGUUCGCGUCCUUACUCAUGCUGUUCUGCAAUAGAAUAUACUAAUGAGCUCACGUACACUCUUACUGAGACGCAGCUGAGACGGUGGCUCUCCAUGGCAAUAAACGGGGAGGGGUGACAGACCACAGGGUGACAAUUAUGAUGAAACAGGGUGUAAAUAUGAGAAAUGAUCUGCACGCAGUAGCUUUCCACUUCUGCAUGCCGUCUUUUUCCACAAACCAACUAAUCUGCGAACAACGUUCAAGGUAUGGCGAGUACAUAGGAUCCAAAGGAGAGGUUUAUCCAUGCCUGUGGUAAGCUUUUCGAAGGGCAAUUUACCUCGGUGGUGCGGACAACUCAUAAGUCGACGAAAAUCGAUGCCAUUUUCAAGGUGACUGACAUGCGUAGGAAACGCUAUUCUGUGCGCCUCACGGAGGCAGUUUGAAGCACACUUACCACAACCCUGUCUACGGUUGUGACCGGAAAUUUGCUGAACGAAUCACCUUUUUGGUCUACCACACAUAAUGCCUUUAAGUGCCGCGGAGAAAACUAAGUUGCUAUUGAAUGGAUGAAUACCCCACUGAAGCAUGUCACAGCCCAUGGAUUGUAUUCUGCAGGUAUAUACAUAUAAAUAGCCCAACACGAACCACAGCAAAAGCCGAGUAAAAUAUCUGACUUACCUGUGGACCAAUCACUGUGCAUGAUAUUGGCCGCAUUUGAGGGUUCAAGUUGAUGAACAACUGCACUUCAUUGGUACUCAUCUACACCGAUGGCAGAAACCACGUAUUCAUUCAACUACAACGGAUCUUAUGGGGUCGGAGUUGCAGAGCCAGAUGUACGUAUACACCUCCGAUGGCCAUUAUGUUUGCCUGGACGGGAGUUCCCAUGAAUUUCCUGGAAUCCAUUCAUAAGUUUUGAUGUAUGCUAUGCAUUUCAACCAGUAAAAUUCAUGACUGAGCUCUCGUCAGGUUACCACGUAAUAUGACGUUAGGGGCAACAUCUAAGAGUGUUUUCUGUGGCUUCGUCAGACCUUCAGUACUUCGUGGUGAUGGACAAUCGCAGUUGCCCGUUGUAGUGUCUUGGUUUUUGUUAACACCGUCAAAACCGGGGGAUUGUUCUCGGUCGAAUAGCGACUCGCUGUCUGAUAAAUAAGGUCAAGCAAAUAAAUUGCCGAACAUCACCGACAGAACACAGAAGUAACGUUUCUUCCACUAUGAUGGAAGCGCAGGAAGGACUGGGGUUUGGCAGAAUAAGGACAUGCCUCAUACUUAACCAACAAAUUCAUUCUUGCUUGUGGGCAUUCUUUGCAUCCAGUGACGUAUACUAAUCAUGAUAGGUAGACGCAUAAAGUCUGUUGGCAAACAAGGCACAAUCAUGAGUAUAAAACAGCAGAAACUUUAUCUACUCCGUAGGCUUAUGAGAACAGAUUCUUCAUGAGUCACUUACCUUGGCUAACAUACCUUUGAAAAGUGAAUAGCACCGGAGGUACACUCGUUAGCUAACUGAAAGAGCGUUCAGUGUUCGUUGGUAUUAACCACAUUAAACUGCUGUGUGAAGUUUAUUUCGGAACGAACAUCGUGUUUUUCCCCAGAAUCUUAACGUACCUGUGUUAAGAUGCCUUUUCUGGAGCGUUAGUGAAUAUCAACUCUAAAGUGCACUCUUUUAUUUGUACACUGCAGCAUGAAGGAAAUUACUGUCAAAAAUUUACCUGGACUAUCACGAGUAAAAACUUAGAGGCGAGUUUUCUUCUGUUUCAUUUUCAUUUGGUCACAAACUAGAGCUGCUUACUUCGGGACGCAACGAUUUCUCAAUACAGUUCACCUAAACUGUGAAGAAUUAUUGUAAUUAUCACAUUUGUUUCAUCAGUCGUUACUAGGUCUUUCGUCACUGCUGGUUUCAUUAUUUGUUCUUUGGUACUAACGAAUCAUUCUAACGAGUAGUUACUUCCCCCGAUCCAUGGUUCAGUCGAACAAACGUACAUGUACUGUGCGUAUACGUAAGCUAGUCCCAGUCUGUUAACUUAAACGGCACGUCCGGUGGUUGGUUUGACAUCAAGCCCUGAAGGAGUCGUUGAAACUAAUGUCGCCACCUGAUAUCGGAGCUUUAUAAUACCUCGCAUGAGAAUAGGAAGAUCUGAUAUUCUCGCAGAAGUCACUGCUGCACCUUCGCCUGCCCAAUGCAAAAACCGAUUCUGACGGUCUACUGAAACCAUAGAGUAUACUACAUUUCACAGCUACUGAGGUUAAUAAAAUAAUUGUCCUCAUUUAAUUCACUAGUAUACAAUAUACCCGACCACGAACCUAUCAAAUGACCUAAAGCCUUGUGUCUGCAAGCUUGUAACAUGUCCUCUGUAGAAUGCAAAGUCGCGCGCAUUCGCAAGAAGUUAGUGGAAUAACCUUGUCCUCUGCUGUUUAAGUUUCAUAGCUCUAACUGCCCCAGACAGUUUAAAUCAUCCAAAAAGCUUACUAUUAGAUCCACACCAUGUAAAAGUGUUACACUUUCACAAGACUUAAAACCUUGUCAAAGACGCAGUCACCUGAAGUUAUCAAAUACCUCCACCUCUAGUCGAAACAGCAGAACAAUCUGUAUUUAUUAGAAAUAUUCUUGAAAAAACCAAGCAUUUUGGACCAAAGUCAGUGGCUGCAAGAUUUUCAGUCCAUGAUGAAAGUAACACAACUAGGUGCUAUCCAGCUGUCAGAUUCUGCACUCAGCAUCAGG